AUGCUUCAGACGUACGUUAAGAUCAUUGAAGAACAAGAAAGACGGGGAUUUGUUGAAAAAGUUCCCGACGUAAGCAUUCCCGAUUCUCAGCGUGUUCACUAUAUACCCCACCACCCUGUCAGGAAAGACUCAACGACCGUACCAGUGAGGAUCGUUUACGAUUGCAGUAGCCGACAAUCACGUGACCAUGCCUGUCUCAACGAUUGCUUAGAGUCCACACCACCUGCUCUGAACAACAUUACAUCACUUUUAGUACGAUUCAGACUAAAGAAAUUUGCAGUUACCACGGAUAUAGAGAAGGCUUUUUUGAAUAUUGUACUUCACGAGAAAGACCGAGACGUUACGCGAUUUCUCUGGUUGAGCAAUCCAAAGGAUUCAAACAGCCAACUGAUAACGUUUCGUUUCAAAGUAGUUUUAUUUGGUGCUACGUGCUCUCCAUUCAUUCUGAGUGCAACAAUCAGCAAACAUUUAGAACUAAAACCAGACAUGAAAGCAGCUGAAAUCCUAUCACGUGAUCUUUACGUUGACAACGCCUUGUCGAGUUUUAACACGGAAACGGAGCUGCUUACGUUCUACCAAGAAGCAAGAGAACUUAUGAAAAGAGCAGGUAUGAACCUCAGUUCUUGGGUAUCCAACAACGAGACUUUGCGAUACCUGGCAGCAGACGACAAAGUUCUAGAUUACGACAGCACAGCGAAAGUACUGGGGAUGCGCUGGGACCCCGAAACAGACACACUAACCUUUGCUGAAAAGGAAAUUCCGGUCUUAGAUUCCAUUACCAAGAGAGAUGUCCUUAAGUAUGCUUCCAGGAUUUACGACCCCUUAGGAAUACUCAGUCCAGUGACGGUACGAGCCAAAAUUUUGAUGCAAGAUUUAUGGGAAGAGAAUUUAGACUUGGAUGUACCAUUACCCGAACAGUAUGUUAAGGCGUGGAACAACCUAGCGACCGAUCUUCGAAGUGCUUUAAAAAUCCAGUUAUCAAGACAGUACAUACAAGACAUAAAUACAGAAACCGGAAGUGAGUUGGAAACCGGAAGUGAACCUAACAAACUUCAACUACAUGUAUUCGUAGAUGCAAGCGUUAAAUUAUACGGUGCUGCAGCCUACAUCCUGAACCAUAAGGAAACACGACUAGUCAUAGCAAAGAAUAGAAUCGCACCAGUCAAGAAGCUCACACUUCCACAGCUAGAGUUAAUGGCGGCAGUUAUCGGAGCUCGACUCUACGAACAUUUACAGACGACACUUGAAUUAAAAAACGAAGAAGAUUGGCCAGUUUGGGACGGCAACAUCCCCUCCGAGAAACUUGAAAUUACUACCUUAAUACAGACGACACCCGUUACCAGUGUAAAGUGCCUUGCAGACGAUACGAUUACAACACAAAGACUGAGUAACGUAAUCAACAUCCAGCACUACAGUAAAUACCACAAAUUGCUAUGUGUGACAGCGUUGUUACUAAGAUUUAUCUUCAACUGUAGAACACCAUCCGCUGAGAGACAUUACGGGCACGUUACUGCACGUGAAAUUGACAUUGCACGGUUAAAAUGGAUAAAAGAUGUGCAGCAGACUACAUAUCAAGAUGUCAUAGAAGAGUUAAAAUCCGGUAACAGAAAACAACCUAUUAUACGACAGUUGCGACCUUUCCUUGAUAGCGACAAUUUCAUACGCUGUGGCGGCAGAAUACAUUACGCGCAGAUACCGGAAGUUGCAAAAUUUCCUUACCUACUACCUGACAAGCAUUACUUCACGAAGCUACUGAUCCGGACGACACACGAGAGACUACUUCAUGUUGGAGCCUCAUCAAUUGUAACACAUUUACGACAGUACUGGAUACCAGCAAUCAGACGAUGCGUAAAUUCCGUUUUGAAGAGAUGUGUUACCUGCAAGAAAGUCACCGGAAAACCCUUUGAUACACCAGACUUCCCACCACUUCCCAAAAUACGUGUUGAAGAUGCAAUCCCGUUUCGAAUUACAGGAGUUGACUUCACCGGUCACCUUUACGUUCGUGAACAAAACGGCAGAGAAUCUAAAGCAUAUAUUUGCUUGUUUACAUGUGCUUCUACUCGUGCAGUCCACCUAGAAGUAGUCCCUGACCUGUCUACAGCUUCCUUCAUGCAAGCGUUCCGGAGAUUCAGCAGUCGACAUUCGUUACCGGAAAUAAUGGUUUCAGACAACUGUACGAUGUUUGAGGCAGCGUCUCAAGAGAUACAUCGUUUAUACAGCGCACGUAAACUACACGAUUCACUGUCCAGCAAAGGCACGGAAUGGCGAUUCAUCCCGAAAAGAGCUCCAUGGUACGGCGGGUGGUGGGAGCGGUUAAUUGGCAUGACAAAAGAAGCACUGAAGAAAGUACUAGGUCGUUCGUACGUUAACUAUCAAACACUCCAGACGAUAGUUACCGAGAUCGAGGCUGUUCUCAACGACAGACCACUUACGUAUGUCACAUCCGGUGUGUCUGAUCCUGAACCACUGACUCCAUCACACCUCCUGUACGGCAGAACGUUGACGUCAUACCCACAUAGUACGUUACACGGCGACGGUGAAAUUAACGAAAACAUGAGUGAUCACCGAACUCUCACGAGAUGUGUCGAUAUUCAACGUAAACUAAUCAGCAACUUCCGUCAGCGUUGGCGGCGGGAGUACCUGACGGGCCUCAGAGAAUAUCAUCAAGCGCACGGGAAAAACGAGCAGACGAUAUCAGAAGGAGACGUUGUACAGAUACAUGAUGACGGUCCUAGAACGCGUUGGAAACUAGCAGUGGUAACCGAACUUAUUCAUGGAAAUGAUGGACUUGUACGUUCCGUGGUUAUAAAAAGUGAAGACGGUAUCACAAAUAGACCGAUUACAAAGUUAUAUCCGCUGGAAGUGCUGAAAAGUGAUUAA